GCAUUCCUUUUGGCAAGUGACUACCCCGAACAUUUUUGGGUUACGUGGAUCAAUCGAGGAAGACAGAGGCGAUGGGAAAGAAACCGAAGGACGGACUAAUGAAGGAUGUCACAGGGACCCUGUUUUUAGCCGUCUUCUCUGCAGUCCUUGGCUUUUUCCAGUAUGGGUACUGCAUUGGAGUCAUCAAUGCUCCACAAAAGACCAUCAUGCUCCACUAUGGUAAAGUGCUGAAAAUUGCAUCGUCUGGAAACGGGACAGAUGACAUCCUUAAAAACCCCACCAUCAUGAUGCUCUGGUCUACCUCUGUUUCUGUAUUUGCUGUGGGCGGGAUGAUUUCUUCCUUCACUGUUGGCUGGAUUGGUGAAAAGAUGCCAAGAGUUAGAGCGAUGCUGCUGGUAAACAUUUUUGCAAUCUCUGGGAAUCUCUUUUUGGCCUUGGCGAAAUUUGGCCCCUCCCACAUUCUCAUCAUCAUUGGAAGAGUACUGACUGGGCUGCAUGGCGGGCUCUCCUCCGGACUUGCUCCACUGUAUGUUGGAGAGAUUGCCCCUAUCGCUCUUCGAGGGGCUUUGGGAUCAAUGAACCAGCUUGCUGUUGUUAUCGGCAUCCUCAUCAGCCAGGUUCUUGGCUUGGAUGUCUUGCUAGGAAAAGAUUCCACAUGGCCAUUGCUCCUCGCUCUCUCUGGCUUUGCUGCCGUGCUUCAGAUUUUCUUGCUCUUUGGUUGCCCAGAGAGCCCCCGGUACUUGUACAUUAAAGCUGCAAAAGAAGAGGAAGCCAAAAAAAGCUUGCAACGGCUGAGAGGAGCGAACUACUGCCCUGACAAAGAGCUUGAGGAGAUGGAGAAAGAGAAGGAAGAAGCCUCCAAAGAGAAGCCUGUCUCCAUUUGGCAGCUCAUCACCUCACCUAUCUACAGGCCGGCAUUCCUGGUGGCCAUCGGGGUCCAUAUCGCCCAGCAGUUUUCGGGAAUUAAUGCUAUUUUCUACUACUCCACCGAUAUUUUUAACACUGCCCGCAUCAGCCAGCCUGUUUAUGCGACCAUAGGAGUGGGAUUUGUGAACACCGUCUUCACUGUUGUCGCGGUUUUCCUGGUGGAGAAAGCAGGGAGGCGUUCGCUCUUCAUAGCUGGCCUCGCUGGCAUGAUGGUGUGCGCAACAACCAUGACUAUUGGGCUUGUGCUGCAGCCCAAAAUCGAAUGGAUGAGCUACAUCAGCCUGAUUUCCGUCUUCCUCUUUGUCAGUUUCUUUGAGAUCGGACCAGGACCAAUUCCCUGGUUUAUUGUGGCAGAGCUAUUCAGCCAAGGCCCCCGCCCAGCUGCCGUUGCAAUGGCCGGCUUCAGCAACUGGUUCACCAACUUCUGCAUCGGAAUGUUCUUCCCAUAUGUCGCUAACAUCUGCGGACCUUAUGUGUUUCUGAUCUUUGCCGCCCUGCUCGUCCUCUUCAUUGUGUUUGUUUAUUACAAAGUGCCAGAAACCAAAGGCAAGUCCUUCGAGGAAAUUUCAGAAGAGUUCCGUCGUCGAGGCAAAGGCGGGGGCCAAGGGCCCAGAACAGCCACUGAAAUGGAGCGUUUGGGAGGCGCCUCCGAGGCAUAGUGCCCAUCCCCGCAAGAAGGAAGAAUGGAAAGAACAUGCUGCCGGGAAACAUUCUGGAGGAAGCAUUUAUUUAAAACGUAAAAAAAAAAAAAAAAUGGGAAGUGAUCUUGAUAGGUUGAGUCUGUCCUGUGGCUUUGGCUGGUUGUCUUUUGCAGAGCUGUGUCUGUUUCUCCCGCUACUUUAGGAGUUUGUUCAAUGCAGAGUUGCAAAGUCUCAAAAGCUGUUGUGCAAAAGAAGUGGA